AUCUUUGAUCAUUCUCAUAUGUUUUGUUGCUUCAAAGCUUUGCCCACUUUGUUCGUACUCAUUUGAUUCCUUAGGAGAGAAGAGGGAAAUUUGUUUAUGCUUUAAAUUUGGUGAGACUGACGAAAGAAUGAGCAAUAAUCCACAAGGAGGAUUUUCAUCUUAGUCGACAAUAUUUCGUUGAAUCCAGGUAAAAAGCAUUGCCAUGAUUUUAAUUUUUUCUUUCCUUCAAAAUAGUAUUGUAGGGAAUAAUAACUAUCAAACUGAAUUAUGUGAUCGAAAAUUUUAACUGUCGUUAAUUGAGGUUGAAGAUGCAUACAAAUUCUGAUCACUGCAUGUUAUUUUUGCAGGUUUUUUUUGGUUUCAUUUUAAAAAGCUUUGUAAAUAAUAACACAUAAUUUACAGGUUUGUACCAAAUAAGCUCUGUUUUAGCUUUGGGUUUCAAAUUCUGUUUUACGGUUGUUGUUUGUUUCCAAUAUUUGAUGCAUUUGGUUUUGAGAAUGUAAUCUGGCAAAUGCUUUACUACUAACUUUGAUAAGAAUCUGUAAACCUGUCCUUACACUAGCAUAGUUUUUAAGUCAACUUAUUAUGCUGUCAUAAUCUGUAAAACAGAGGAUUUUUUCUUGAUCAGGAAUUCCUGUGGCAUUUGGCAAUAGAGAUGGAAGGUCAAACUCAUGAUGCUCAAAACAAUGUUCCUGAGCAUGACAAUCCAUUGAUGAAUGUGAAGAAUCCAUCAAGCAACUUGUUUUCUAAGAAAGAUGCACAAUGUUUGUCUGUUUUAUGCAACGGGAAAUGGUUACAGAUUGUUAGAAGCAGUCCCAAAGUAUCAUGUGAGGCCUCUACUUGUCCAAGUCAUAUUUUGACCAAAGUAGGAGAAAACUAUGUGGCUGAAUCUGAAAAGAUGCAUAAAAAGGUAAUCUCUUUCUCGAGCAAAACCUUCUCUCAGGGAACCCUUCAAUUCACUAUGAGAGCCAAUGGAACACCUCAUUUUGUUUUCAAAUUGGAGAAUCAAAAAGAUGUUUAUGUGGCAAGCUUAAGCAGCAAUGUCCAAGACCAAAACUCGUAUAUGAUCCAUCUGCAAAGAGGAGAAUCAUCAGCAUCCUCAUCACAUCUAGUUGGGAGAAUAAAUGUAUCUACUUUGUUCUCGGAGAAAGUCUUGGAGAGAGAGUUUGUUUUGUUCAGUAGCAAUGGUGAGAAUCUCAAGAUACCGCGUACGAGGAAAAACAGAGGACUGUCUAAAAAAGUAGUCCAUGCGGUCAAGAACGAAAGAAGAACAGCAAGAUUGAGCAGAACAAGCUUCAUACCUGAUUUAGGUUCUUGGGAUGAGCAAUUCCAAGCACAAAACUAUGAUUGUCUGCUCAAAAACAAGCUUCCAACAAAUCUUGAAACAUUAGCUGUUGUUGUGAAACAAGAGACUAUUGAGGACGAAAUUGGAGGAUGGGGACUAAAGUUCUUGAAGAGAUCUCCCAUGUUCCAAAGAAGUAAUGAUGCUAGUGAGACUGAAACUUCAACAUCUUCAAUAAGUAUGAAUGUUGUGAUUCCUUCAGGGAUUCAUGGAGGGCCUGAAGAUGGACCUUCGAGUUUGAUAGAGAGAUGGAAAUCUCAAGGAAAUUGUGACUGUGGAGGAUGGGAUUUGUGUUGUUCCUUGACCCUUCUUAAAGGCCAACCACGGAAAGACCAGUACUUCGAACUAUUCAUAGAGGGGUCAAAACAUGAAACAACAGGACUAAAGAUUGUGAAUGUUAGUGGAGGACUCUACUUAGUUCAAUUCGAAGCAAAGUUGACUAGUCUGCAAUCAUUUGCAAUUGCUUUGGCAUUCAUACAUAGCGAGAAGCUUAGACCGUUGCAUCUAUACGUAUUUUAACUACUACAGUUAAGUUUUUUACAUAUGUUAAUAAUAAUAACAGAAGUUGGAAAAAUGUCAAAUUUUGGAGAGAAGAAGCUUUUAGUUGCUACCAAGUUUGUUCUCUAACCAAAGCAUGCAUGCACGGCUCCUACUCUCUUGUUGUGAUCAUCAUAUCGAAUUAGAUUUGUAAAAUACAUAGCAGAAGCAGAUUCCUUAAGACUUGAUUUAUAUACAAUCUAUGUAUUAAAAAAAAUCAUCAGAUUAAUUCUCUCACAAAGGAACAAAAGCUAUCGAAAGAAAGAAAAGUGAAAUCUUUUUUUGACCGUUAAACCGUGAUCUUUUUGUGAC